GUGAACACCUGAUUCUCUCUCUUACUCUGUUUACACAGUUUUCUUUCUGCCCAAACACGGUUCAAAGAGACUGUAACUGCUUCCCUUCUCCUUCUUUCCCAGAAAUUCAGAUCAAAUAUAUCUUUUUCCACAACUAAACACCAGCUUUAGCUGUCUUGCUCCUUUGGCAGAAAAGCGGAAACGCCCUUCGUCCUCCACUCGCCGGAGACUAGGGGGGUCUGGGAUUGGAGAACACUGACUGGUGGCACUCAAUUGACGGGACUUCGAGCGGUGACGGUAUACCUAUACCGACGGAACGAAGGCACGAGCCCCUACUAAUAAUCGAAAGGGGCGGAGACCGCAGCAAUAUAUAUAUAUAUAUUAUUCCCCCAACAAUUCUGUACUAUAGCUAUCCAGCUGACGAGUUUACCCUAGCUCUUGUGCUCCGGGAAAAAAUCAGGGAAGGUGUCUAAAAAUGGAAGCAGAGGUUCUUCACUUCACGUGACAUAGUUACGAUCAGGUUUCACCAACUUCGCGUCGGGAAGGUUUGGUGAUGCUGUGGAAGUCCUUGGACAUUUUGGAAAACCUGGUGGAAUGGAAGAAAGUGACCGUGUUGCAAGAAGAUGGGAGGACCUAGACAUUGAUAUCUUGGUGAAGAUCUUCCAGUCUGUUGACAUCUAUCAGUUAACUUCAGGCAUUGCUCAAGUCUGCAGUUCAUGGCGUAUGGCUUGUUGCGAUCCUUUGCUUUUGAGAACACUUGAUUUAUCAAUGAUGAAGUCAAAUUUUAUCAAAAUUCCAUUGGAGCCUUAUGUAUAUGUGGAUGCUCGUUCCGACAAGACAUUGACCCAUUUAUUGAAGACAUCUUUGAGUCUCAGUCAGGGAAACAUAAUGACCUUGAUUUUUCACUUUAAUCUAUAUGUGAGUGAUGAUCAAUUGACCUAUACUGCUGAAAGGUGUCCAGGGCUCCGACAGCUUGUAAUGCUAGCUUGGAACAGAAUAAAAAAAACAGGAAUAUGCAAAGCUGUUCGCAUCUGGAAGGAUCUUGAAUCCUUAACAAUGCCUAGCAUAGCAAACCCUCCCUAUCUCUUGGAGGAAAUUGACAAUAACUGCAAGAAUUUCAGUGAACUCAAGGUGAUGGGACCUUUCGACAACUUUUUUGCUGCUACAAUAAUAAUGUAUCUACCAAAUAUAAGGGUUUUGAGCCUCCGCUGUUCAAUGCUUGUGAAGGAUACCUUGAUCUCCAUAUUCGAUGAGUUGCAAAACCUAGAAGUGCUUAACAUAUCCCAUUGCCUUCUCAUUGAAAUACCACCUCCUCCUGCCCCAAGAAGAAUUAUGAGGGAGCUAGAUCAGUCUAUUCUUGAGAAGGCAUCUCGGUUACGCGAAUUCCUAACAUGCAUGAAAGAUUCAUGCAUUAUGAGGUGGUAUAAGUAUGAAGAAGGGGUAUGGAAAGCUGACGAGGUGAGCUCACUUUCCCUUUGAUUUGAGCCCUUGGAGUUUGUAUUUACGAGGGUGAGAUAUGUACAACUUGAUAAGCACAUUCUUGUACUUAUGAUGGAUAGUGUCCAAUAACACAACUCUUAUGUGGUUGGGUUAGAACAUUAGCUUCCUUUGUUUUGGUUUAAUGUAUUCCUUUUAUGCUGUAAACAAAGAAG